AUAGUUUGUCCAGUUUGUCAGAGAAGUUUUAAAUAUAAAUCCUACCUAAAAAGACACAUGACAGCUCAACAUUUUAAUUUUCGAUAUGAAUGCACAAUGUUAUGUUUUAGAAGUUUCCAAUAUAAAUCCUACCUUAAAAGACAUAUGACAGCUCAACAUUUAAACCUGCGAUACAAAUGUACCCUUUGCGAAGCAUCUUUUACAAGAAAUUGGAGCUUGAAUGCCUUUGAUUUCUCAAGUACCCCAUCAGGAGGAUAUUACAAUUGUGUGUGGUGUGCUAAACGCUUUCUGUGGAAAAGUGCUUUAAAGAGACAUGUGCGAGGAAAUCAUCUAAACUAUAGAUUUAAAUGUAGUGUUUGUGGCAGGGAAUUUAACAGACCUGACUCUUUAUCCAGUCAUAUGAGAAAUGUCAAAGAUAAAGGAAUUUAUACAUGUUCUGUGUGUGGAAAAGAUUUUCUGUGGAAAGGUGCCUUGAAUAGGCAUAUAAAAGAAAAGCAUUUGAAUCUACAUGUGAUUUGUAAAUUUUGUCAAAAGAAAUGUUCACGCUUAGAAAACCUAAGAACUCAUAUGAAGCGUAUACAUUAUGAAGAAUUACAGCAUGAACAGGCUAUGGCUCCAUCAUUUUUUACGUGCCAGUUCUGUGGAAGUUCUUUUAGUUUUAAAGGGAACCUAAGACGACAUUUACAGUCUGCACAUUUACAAAUUAGAAAUAAUUGCCCCGUUUGUCAUAAAAGCUUUACCAGGAAGGAAAAUUUAAAGUCACAUUUUAUUUCAUGUCAUUCUGACGAAUCUGGAUAUAUGUUUUCCUGUAACCUUUGCCACAGAUCUUUUGCUCAAAAAGGAAAUUUAAAAAGACAUAUAGAAGGAAAACACCUGAAAAUAAGAAUUGAUUGUCCUCUAUGUUCUAAAAGUUUUACACAGAAGGGAAAUUUGAAGGAACAUUUGAAACAUAUACACAAAGCUCAUCAGAAUUUCCGAAUUAAUUGUCCAGAAUUCUCUUGUACGUUUUGUGGUAGAAGUUUUACAUCAAAAUGGAGUCUUAAACGUCAUAUUGAAAGUUUACAUUAUGGAAAGCGUGCCGAAUGUUCAGUUUGCUUGAAGACUUUUUCACAAUUAUCUACUCUAAGACAACAUAUGAAAAUUCACCAAUCAUGA